CGUAACCUCUCUCUGUCCCUGUUCCUGAUCGAGUUUGAGAUGGAGGCGCUGCUCCCGAGCUCCAUCUCGCCAAAGAUCAGCAGCAUCCUCCAAUCCCACGUCUACCCGCGUGUCGGCCGCGUCCUGCGCGCGCUCGCCAGGUUCAAGUCGUUGCUCCUCGACGCGCUCGGCGAGACCAAGAGGGGCGCGCGGGCGAAGAAGAGGCGCGCCAUCCGCUGCCGCUCGAGGUCGUCGUCGUCGAGGAAGAGGAGGAGCAAGCAGGUCGCCAGCGCCUUCAUGAAGCCGCAUCUCGCCUGGUCCGGCGGAUUGUCGUCGUCGCCAGCUCGGGGAGCGGCGGCGCUGGACGUGAGCUACCACGUGUACCCGUGCUUGGAGUCGGCGUGGAACGCGGUGGUUCCUGUUCCCGCCGGGACGGCCGGCGGCGGCGAGGACGGGGCGGCGGCAGAGUACUGUGGGUACCUGCGCUGGCUCGAGGAGGAGAUGCCAGAUGAAGUACUGGUCGUCGAGGAGGAGGAGGGCGACGGCGACGGGAAUGAGAUCGACAUGCUAGCGGAGAAGUUCAUCGCGAGGUGCCGCGCCAACUUCUUGCUGGAGAAGCAGGAGUCGUACGACCGGAGGUGUCAGGAGAUUAUAGCCAGGAGCAUCUGAAGCCCGCAUGCAAAUCUGCAAAUUAAAAAUUUGGUUUUCCCGAUCUGAAUAAAUUCUAGGAAGUGCGCAAUUCUAGGUAGAGUCGAGCCAGCGGCGAGGCUGAAGAACAGCAAUGUAAAUUCACGCAUGGCGUAGCUGUUUGCGGCUUGGGAUUGGUUGUUUAAUUUCUUCGAAAAAGAAAAAAAUGUGAGAUUUUCAAAAA